UGUCAGAGGACAGAGUUAUUCAUUGGCUAAUCACCUUUAACUUUUUUGUGGUGCUGUAUUUUUUUAGUUUUUCGGAAUUCAAUAUUCAUUCAUCCACCGAAAUUUAAAAGCAUUUACUUAUAGCAAUUUGAUUGAAGGAUCAAAUCAUGACAGAACAACAAAUGGAUUGUGCGCUAGACCUAAUGAGGCGGCUACCGCCCCAGCAAAUUGAAAAGAAUUUAACAGAUUUGAUUGACCUAGUUCCUAGUUUAUGCGAGGAUCUUCUGUCAUCAGUCGACCAACCCUUAAAAAUCGCCCAAGAUCGGAGUAACGGAAAAGAUUAUUUGCUAUGUGAUUAUAACCGCGAUGGAGACUCCUAUAGAUCGCCAUGGUCAAACACUUAUGAUCCACCACUUGAAGAUGGUUCUAUGCCUUCAGAAAGAUUGAGGAAACUGGAAAUUGAAGCUAAUCACGCUUUUGAUCAAUACAGGGAAAUGUAUUUUGAAGGCGGAGUCAGUUCUGUUUAUUUGUGGGAUAUGGAUCAUGGCUUUGCAGGUGUAAUUCUAAUAAAAAAAGCAGGUGAUGGAUCUCAAAAAAUUAAAGGAUGUUGGGAUUCUAUUCAUGUGGUUGAAGUUCUUGAGAAGAGUACUGGUCGCAAUGCCCAUUACAAGUUGACAUCUACAGCCAUGUUGUGGCUGCAAACUAACAAAGAAGGCAGUGGAACAAUGAACCUUGGUGGAAGCCUUACCAGACAGGCUGAACAAGACUCAUCAGUGAGUGAUGUUACACCCCACAUUGCAAAUAUUGGCCGCAUGGUAGAAGAUAUGGAAAAUAAAAUUAGAAACACAUUGAAUGAUAUUUACUUUGGUAAAACCAAGGACAUAGUGAACGGUCUGCGAUCAACUGUGCCUGCGAAUGUCGCGCGGCAAAAGGCGGCCCUUCAGCAUGACCUCGCCGAAGCGCUGCUGCAACGUCGGCAGGUCACGAGGGCCGAAUGAGAUCAGGUUUACAUGGAUGAUGUGGAGACUUUGGGUUAAAGACAACGAUGAAAUGUUCAAGAAUAAUUGUUAUUAUAUAACAUGCAUGUAUAAAUUUAAUUGAAAUUAUAUUUUGUAAGAAUUAACUACCCUGCAUCCAAUAUGGUGCUUCUAUAGUUAUUAUUGUAUAUAAAUUAAGAAUUCCUCCUCUUUACUAGAAUAUUUCAUGUAAUAAACUACAUUUAUUAAUUAUCAUUCUAAUUACUAGAUAUUAUCUAAUUGUAUGAUAUAUCAUAAUAUUAAAAUUUGAAUUUUUGUGGAUAAAUGAUGGUAGGUAAAUUAAAUUAAAGAAAUUAUGUGGAUGUUAUGUUGUUGAGUUAGGAACAAAACUGACUAGAAAAAUCAAAAAUGCAGACAAUUUACUUCUGUGUUUUUUGGGGCAUUUAUUAUAAAAUAUGUCUACAAUAUUUCAUAUUGUCGAACCCAACUGUCCAUCUCAUUGUAUGCUGCAUUUUUUGUUACAAGUUAUUAAGUAAUUUAGUUUUUUAUUAAUAUAAUUAACUGUAAGAUAAUAAAUAUAAAACAAUACUUAUUUACUGAUUUUAUUGUAUUAACAGUAAUUUAUGGUAGACAUGUAUGUAUGUAUGUGACCUUUAUGUUGUAGUUUAUACUGGCCUCUCUGAAUAAAUAAAUUAUUUAUA